AUGAUGCAAGCAUAUGAUUACGACUCGGAUGAGUCGCCGACGACGUCAGAUGAGCACAUUAAUUCCAGAAAUUCCUCUCGUUCAGACACUGCAUCAUCCUCAUCGACGCCUCCAAUCCUCUUCAAUCCCAGGCCACACGUCGUUAAAAUAGUGAAAUCAGACACUGGAUUCGGUUUCAAUGUCAAAGGACAAGUGAGUGAAGGAGGACAAUUAAGAAGUCUAAACGGCGAGUUGUAUGCUCCACUACAACAUGUCAGUGCUGUGUUAAAUCGAGGAGCAGCAGACACGGCGGGACUUCGAAAAGGGGAUCGGAUUCUAGAAGUGAAUGGAUUAAACGUGGAAGGAGCAGCACACAGGAAUGUUGUGGAUCUGAUAAAAAACGGUGGAAAUGAACUGACAAUGAUUGUGGUUUCUGUAGAAGAUCCAGACAUGGAUAGAUUCGAUUACGGUGAAGAGAGUUCAAUGGCAUAUGGACAUGAUUAUACGGAAAAUAGGUCACUUCCAGUUACAAUUCCAUCUUAUAGUAACGUCAAUGAUGCAUUGGAAAGAUAUACGGUGUUCAAUAUUCAUAUGGCAGGUCGUCAACUUGGUUCUCGUAGAUACUCUGAGUUUGUUGAACUUCAUUCGGCACUCAAGAGACACUUUUAUGACUAUUCGUUUCCUCGUCUUCCUGGAAAACGAAUUUUCCGUCUGAACGAACAGGAGUUGGACCAGAGAAGAAGAGGACUUGAGCAGUAUUUGGAGAAGAUUUGUACGGUUCGAGUCAUUGCGGAAUCCGAUUUGGUUCAGAAAUUUUUGAUGGAGUGUGAUCCAAUGUGUGAAGUGGAUAUUCGUUUGAUGCUUCCAAACGGAACAGCAAUGUCAGUUCGCAUCAGAAGAAGUAUUUCGGCUUCUCUCUUCUUCACUACCGCUCAAAAAAGAUUGCAAUUAAGUAGGGAAGGAGCUGCUGCAUGUUCCAUUUUUGAACUUUUAGAUAACUCUUUUGAGCGAAAAGUAAACGAGAGUGAAAGCGUACACGAACUCUACACCCACAACUACUCAUCUGCUUCCUCGUCUUGUCUUCUUUUCCGAAAAUUCAUAUUUGAUAUUGAUAGAGAACGAGCUCUCUGUCGACGGGAUAUGACAUUCAGACAAAUUUGUUUCUUCCAAGCAAUCGGUGAUUUGCACAGUGGAAGAGUUGUUACAACGAGAAAGAGUUAUCAGUUGGCAGCUAUCCAAAACGAAGAAAAUAUGGACGAAUUCUUGGAAAUGGCGAGAAAUCUCGAAGGAUAUAAUCAGGUCACAUUUCCACCGAGUGUCUGUAUUUUGAGAAAACGGAAACAGACAGUCAUCAUGGUUGUUAGAUAUGCAAAUUUGUUUUUGAAAUGUCCCGAAGACGGAAACUCAAUGGAAAUCGAAUGGGAUCGUAUUCAAGACUUCAGAGUUUGUGAUGAUGGAACUGCAUUUUCAUUUGAUUAUUUGAGAGAAAGAAAUGGGAAUGAAGAGGAAACUGACAGAGAAGCAAACAGAAAAAAUACGAAAUAUGUGAAAUUGGAAACUGGAUUCGCUGAAUACAUGGCUGACUGUUUCGCUCAAAUAAACACCGAACGUCAAUCUGGCGCUGAAUGGAAAAAGGAUCGAAGCAGAACUACAGUAACCAGAGAACUAUGCCCAUCAGAAGAUCCAUCAGAAUCUAGAGAAACGCCUCCGCCGACUACACAUAAGAUUCAAUUCGAAAAACGGAUUCUAGAACAACAUCGAGAUUGUAUUGAUUGA